AUAGCAAUGAUGAAGGCCUCUGGACUGGGCAAUACUUGAUUGAGAGUCAUAUUGGAACAGUGCUGGAUGUAGAUGUUCAUGCAGGGCUCAUAGGGUAUAUGCAGAUUGGACAGGAGGUAGAAAAUGGGUCAAAUGGUUUGUGGAAGUUGUCGCCGUCUACUUUCUUAUCCACUAGGAGCCAGAUAUAUUAAAUGCUCUUCCUGUCAGACUGUCAACCUAGUGCUGGAAGAACAUCAGGUUGGACAGGUUAAAUGUGGGAAUUGUUCUGUGCUGCUGAUGUACCCGUAUGGAGCUCCAGCUGUCAGGUGUUCCUCUUGCAAUUUUGUGACAGAAAUUGGAGUGCACAACCAACGACCCCCACUUUCUGUACAACAGGGCCAGCCUCCCCCACCACCAACCCCCAUUCAGUAAGCACAUUUUUCAGUUGGUGAAAGAGCUGGAACCAAACCUGCUAGCUCAACUUUCAUGAGUUAUAUAUGCUUAAUCGUAGAAUCCGCCUAAUACUUCAUUAUCUUAGUGUACAUGCUUUCAUUAAAUAUUAGAGAAUAAAUUAUUGUACAGAGUCUCUGCAAUGUUUGUUCCAGUUAAAUUAGCAUAUGGGUGGAAGUAGUAAGGAAAGGUUGGUUGGCCUAUACGAUUUGGAUGGAGAUCCAGCGGCAUAGCAGAAGGGAAGUCAUGUAGAUUUAUCACUUGGAGGGCUUUGACUCUUUCCCUCCCUACCCAGGGUUUCUUGGAGGAACAUUAGAAUUUCAAACUGCUGCUUCUGUACUACUGUUGGAAUUCUGUGGAGGAUAUCGAUCACUUGUUCUUCACUUUUGCCUUCUUUCACUCAGUCUGGAGAGGUAUCCUUCAGAAGUGUUGGUCAUCUCACAGAGUAAUCCAGCCUUUCAACAGUGAGUGGAAAUGGGUUAAGAGGAACUUCAGUGUGAAAUCUGCCAGCAACUUGGUUGCGAAGUUAGCCUUUUGUGUGGUCAUCUAUCAUAAGUAGUUGGAAUAUGUUUGGAAUCCUUUUCAUCUGAUUCUGACUUAGUUACCUAGUGAAGUAUUUUUUUUUUCCUUUUUUUGAAAUCUUUAAUCAUGAGAUUGAUUGGAUAGAAUAACAGCAUUAAUGUGUUUUAUCUCAUCUACCUAAGUUAGAGAUCAUGAGAUCAGGAUCUUAACUUUGAAGUGUAGUAUAUGCGAUUUGGUGUAAGAGUUUUAUUUUACUUUUCAAGUUGUAUACAAAGAAAUUUGGAAAUAUUAGUUACUGGUAUCAAAUUUUUUACAA